GCGUAAACUUUUGCACGCGUGACGCCUGGCCGGGCGUUACGUCACGCCCACCGACCAGCUGAUCGGCGCCCAACACUGGAGAUAGAGGUCACCUGCUGCUGCUGCUGCCCCGUGCCGCUGCCCACACCGGCCAUUAUCAUCCCCAAGGAGGCUCCCUGUCACCCCGCCGAGCACAGCACCGCGGCCUGGUGAGCGGGGCGGCGUGCAGCAUGAGUGCAGGAGGCAGGCCCGAGGACGCCCUGUGCCCGGCCCUGUACGCGGCGAGGGACGCCCUUGCCACCCUGCUGGACGAGGCCAGACUUAAAUUUGAAGAUGAUGAUUGUUUCUGCCCCUGAGUUUUAGGUGGAAUACUCAGCCACAGUGAAGUAGGGUUGGUCCUCAUGUUGCGAGCUCUAGCAGUUGGUGUCCCAAUUGGCAUCACCUUUGUGGACUGCUUUGGGUAUGUGGCCAAAGUGGAUGGCAUAUCCAUGCAACCAUCUCUAAACCCUGAUAACAGCGGAACCAGCGAUUUUGUUUUUCUAAGUCGAUGGAGUUCAAGAUCAUUCUCAUACAAGCGUGGUGACAUGGUGUCCCUCAUGUCCCCCAAAGACCCAAGUCAGAAGAUAAUUAAACGCAUUAUUGCCCUUGAAGGGGACCUUAUCCGCACCAUUGGAUAUAAGAACAGGUAUAUACGCAUUCCUGAGGGACACUGCUGGGUGGAAGGAGAUCACACAGGGCACUCCUUAGAUUCAAAUUUUUUUGGACCUGUGGCAGUAGGGCUCAUCACUGCCAAGGCAUCACAAAUUGUUUGGCCGCCCACACGGUGGAGGCGACUAGAGAGUGAGUUGCCAGAAAACAGAGUUCCGCUCAACUUGCUUGGUGUUACUUCCAGGAGAGACGUGAGUGAAGAUCUGGAGUCCAUUGAUUUUGAAGACUGA